CAGAGCUUGAAGAGCGCGCAAGGCAAGGCCAGCUUCCGAGUAGUGAUGCCGAACGUUUAGAGGAGCUUCAGUAUCGGCGCACAAAAGAGGCAACGCGAAGUCGGCUAAGUCACUCUAGCCAGGGGAGUAGGCGGAUCCAAACUUCACAGCCAAAGCAGGCGCUUUCCAAAUUGUCUCCUAGUGCUGCGGAUGCACAAGCAGGAUUUUCAGCAUCUUCUAUGACAGCGCCGAAUGCUUUGCCAUCGAUCCAAAGCGAUUCUUCAAUUCUCCACGCUUCGCCGGCGAUUGACGCUCUUACUCUCGCCUCUUCGACGGCAGAGCAGCAGCGCCACGAUGCGCAGGCCGUGGAGCCUCCUCUAUCUCAUGCCUCUGCAUAUUGCACAUACACGCAAGAUGUCUCAAGCUCAGAGGAUGUUGAGCUAGGAAGCCAUGCCAAUGCAUCAUCUUGUGGCACAGGGAGAUCUCAUCCGGUAAGGCAGGCACAAGGUGUCCAGCCUGUAGCAUCAUCAGGGAAGGACACACCAAUCUCAAAUGAUGCACAAGCAUGUCAGUCACUUACGUGCCCCGCUGCUGCCCUAUCAAAGCCUGCUAUGGCGUCUGCGAGCCAAAAUGAAUUUCCCAAGAAGCAGCAGAAGAUGGAGAGUACGAAAGCUUCUGGUAUCUUCACAGGCCUACAGUCUCCAUCAGAUGGAGAUCUAUCGAUUAUGGAGGGUGUCACCAUCAACGGACAAGCUCCUCAGGCAACAGCAGCACUGCCGAAUGGUCAUGUUCGCUUUCAGACUGAAAGAAAGAACACAAGCCAACAACAGUCAUCUGAUGCCAGUUAUGAUGGACAGCGGAUAGCGAGGCUUGAGAGUGAACUUGAACAGAUGCAAGAACGGCUGGCGAGUAUCUUGUAUGAGCAAAGCAAGAAACACCAAGCUGAUAUGGAGCAACUCGAGGGCCGCUUGUCAAGAUCAUACCGACUACAGUUGGAAGGGAUCGAAGCUAGAUUGAAAGCUCGAUAUCAAGAGUUUCGAACACGGUCGCUCAAAGAGUCUGAGGCGAAGCUACUUGCUACCAAGGAAGCUCGAUCCUUUAGUGUUUGACGCCACUCAUCAACUCCUUGUCUGCACACUUUGCGAGCAAGCCGUUUCCCCUGACCACCUUGAAAACCAUGUCAAGCUUUUUGAGCUUCACAAAACUCAAGGCUCCUACAGCAAGGAAUGGGUUGAUAUGGUUCUUAAGCUCUGCAAAGACAAUGGCCUUGAUCCAAGAAUCUGCAAUCUUUCCGCUGGUCAACAAGUCCCAUACAGCC